AGUCUCCCUCUGUCUCUGAGUUGCCACCUCUGUCUCUCCCUCUGAGUUCUCCCCCUGCCCCCCCGUGUCUCCCUCUGAGUCUCCCCCUGAGUCUCCCCCGUGUCUCCAUCUGUCUCUGAAUCUCCCUCCGCGUCUACCCCCGUCUCUGAGUCUCCCCCCGUGUCUCCCUCUGAAUCUCUCCCCGUGUCUCCAUCUGUCUCUGAGUCUCCCUCCGUGUCUCCCCCCCCGUGUCUCCCACCUGGGACCCCCUGUCCGAGAGGUGAGUUCCGGGGAGAGCCCUCCUCUAGGUCCCCUCGGCCUUAAACGAGACUUACCUGGUCACCUGUGUGUCGGUCGGAGAAACAAAGGCGGCGGCGGCGGCGGCCCCCAGAGCGGCACUUGCUCCAACAGCCCCGCGCGAGCUACCUGGGCGAGGGAGGAGUCCAGUCUGGGGAGAGACGAUGGCUGAGAAGGAUGUGAACGGGCCUCCCGUGUCUCUGAGCGAGUCGACGCGUCUCUGCUCUGAGGCACUGGACCUCUUCUUCAGCAACCACUUCACAGAGGCAGCAGAUGCACUGAAACCCAGUGUCUCCACCAGUAUGUACCAUGCCCUGGUCUUUGGCACCAUCACCAACAUGCAGGCCAUGUUGACGUUUGACCCGGUCAACAUGGAUUCUGCCAACCGGGCCCUGAAGCAAGCACUGGAUGUGUGUGCAAGGUUCCGCAGAAAGAGCUCCGUGGUUGACUCCAUCUCCAGCCUCGUCUCCCGGACAGACGAGCAGCUCACAGAGGAGGAGCUCCAUGCCGAGAUUUGCUUUGCUGAAUGCCUCCUGCAGAAGGCCUGCCUCACAUUCAUACAGGAUGAGAAUAUGAUCAACUUCAUCAAAGGAGGGAUUAAAGUUCGACAGAGCUACAACAUUUACAAGGAAUGCCAGCAGAUGCUCGCUCUUCCCUGGGUCAUGGCUGGAGAAAAUGUCUCUGAGUUUGAGGGCGGAGUUCACCUGGGGACUGGAACCUUUAACCUGAUUCUGUCCAUGGUUCCAACGCGGAUUCUGAAGCUCCUCGAAUUCAUUGGUUUCUCCGGUAACAAGGGGGUGCCUGAAUUGCAUGGAACCAACAGGUUACCAUUGCAGGAAGUGGCGCUGUCCCAGCUGAGAGAAGGAGCCGUGGGGAAGACCCUCCGCUCGUGUCUGUGUGCAAUGGGGCUCCUUUGCUACCACACAUUCAUCAGCUUCGUCCUCGGCACCGGGGAAGGUGACGUCACAGAAGCAGAGGAGAUCCUGAGGCCCUACCUACAGAGAUACCCUAAUGGAGCUAUUUUCCUGUUCUUUGCUGGAAGAAUUGAAGAGAUCAAAGGGAACAUCCCAGAGGCCAUGAUGAAGCUCCAGGAGUGUGUGAGCUCCCAGUCUCUGUGGCCCCAGUUCCACCACAUGUGCUACUGGGAGCUCAUGUGGUGCCUCACCUUCCGCAUGCAGUGGCUUGAAGCCUUCCACUACGCAGAUCUCCUGGCACAGCAGAACAACUGGUCCAGGGCCACGUACGUGUACAUGAAGGCUGCGUUCCUCACCAUGGUCUCACCAGCGGAGAAGCGGAUGGUGAGGGAGAGUGAGGAGGACUUAUACCGGCAGGUGUCCACGUUGAGGCAGAAGCUGGCUGGGAAGUCUCUGCCCACGGAAAAGUUUGCAGUGCGGAAGGCACGACGCUACCAUGGCACUCGGAGUACAAACCGGCUGGUGCUACCCGCUCUGGAGAUGAUGUACAUGUGGAACGGCUUCACCAUCGUGGGUCGGGAGCCAGCGCUCACCACCAGCAUGCUCACCCUCAUCACGGACACAGAGGAGUCGCUCACCGGAGGCGGUGAAUAUGCAGUGGACGACACCUGUUUGCUACUCCUGCUCAAGGGGGUGUGCCUGAAACAUCUCGGACGACUUUCCGAGGCCGAGGAGGCGUUCACACAAAUCCACGCUCAGGAGAAGCGCCUGCGCCAUGAUCAAUAUUUGGCACCUAACGCAAUGUUUGAGUUGGGAUUCCUCCUCAUGGAGCACGGCGGUGAUGAGCGGAGAUCGGAGGCUCGCAGACUCCUGGAGAACGCCAGGACUAACUACAAGAAGUACUCUCUGGAGUCAAGGCUGCAUUUCCGGAUCCACGCUGCACUCAACGCCAUGAAGCGUCGCGAUGAAGGGGAUCGGACGUAGUAGCCGUGUCACUGUGUGUGUCACUGUGUGUGUGUCACUGUGUGUCAGUGUGUGUGUCACUGUGUGUGUUUGUCACUGUGUCACUGUGUGUGUGUGUGUCACUGUGUGUGUCACUGUUUCACUGUGUGUCAUUGUGUGUGUGUCAGGGGAGCGGUGGUGUAGUGGUUAGCGCUACGCUGCGCUAUGAAUCAGGCGACCCGGGUUUGAUUCCCGCUCACGGCUAACACCAGUGACGAUAAUCUGAACCGGUCCUGGGCCUCCCCUAGGUCGACUCGGCCUCAAAUGAGUACCUGGUGCGGUGUGUAAACAUCGCCAUUGGGGAGACAAAGGUGGUAGUGCGUGGUGCUGGCUACCCACCCCCUCGUGUACCGUUCCGGCCUUCAUAGGUGCUCGCUAACAGCACUUUCCCCUACAGUCUGUUAAGGCUAUAUGGGGGAUCUUUGUAUUUGUGUGUCACUGUGUCUGUCACUGUGUGUCACUGUUUGUGUCACUGUGUGCCACUUUAUGUGUGUCAGUGGGGAGCGGUGGUGCAGCGCUGCGCUAAGAACCUGGCGACCGGGUUCGAUUCUCGCUCACGGCCAACACCAGUGACGAUUAUCUGAACCGGUCCUGGGCCUCCUUUAGGUCGACUCAGCCUAAAAUGAGUACCUUGUGCGGGGUGUGAAUAUCACCACUAGGGAGACAAAGGCGGCCGUUUUGGCCUUCAUAGGUGCCGCUCGCUAACAGCACUUGCCCCUAUAUCCCGUUAACAUAGGCUGGCACAAGCGCCAUGGCAACGCUACUUCUCACUUAGUGGUGAAUGGCAGUUGUUGUGUGUCACUGCACUACUGUGACACUGUACCACUCUGUUUCACUGUACCACUCUGUGACACUGUACCACUGUAACAUUGUACCACUCCUACCCUCUGUACCACCGUGACACUGUAUCACUGUACCACUCUGUGACACUGUACCACUGUGACACUGUAUCACUGUACGACACUAUCACUGUACCACUGCCACUGUGUGACACUACCACUGUGUGCCAUUGCUGCCCUCUGUCUGUAGCGCGGGGUGUCACUGCUGGGUCGAUAAGUGUGAUGUUUACAUGGGGUGAUCGCGAAAUAUCGGUUCAGUGACACUGUUUACCGUGGAGAUACAAUGCGACCGGUAUUGAUUAUCGGUUAUUAUCGGUUAUUGGUUUUGGUUAUUGAUUAUCGGUCAUUGAUUACGUGUUAUCGAUGGCGGAGUAUUGGUUAUUGUUAUUGGUAAUUGGUUAUUGAUAACAGAUUAUCGGUUAAGGUUAUCCACUCACCCACUCACUCACCCAACCAUUCACUCACUCACCCACCCAUUCACUCACCCACCCACCCAUUCACCCACCCACCCACCCAUUCACCCACCCAUUCACCCACCCAUUCACCCAUUCAACCACCCACCCACCCAUUCACCUAUUCACCUAUUCACCCACCCACCUAUUCACCCAUUCACCCACUCACCCACCAACCCAUUCACCCACUCACCCACCCAUUCACCCACCCAUUCAUCCAUUCACCCACCCACCCAUUCACCCACCCACCCAUUCACCCACCCAUUCACCCAUUCACCCAUUCACCCACCCACCCAUUCAACCACCCACCCACCCAUUCACCUAUUCACCUAUUCACCCACCCACCUAUUCACCCAUUCACCCACCAACCCAUUCACCCACUCAGCCACCCAUUCACCCACCCAUUCACCCACCCAUUCACCCACCCAUUCACCCAUUCAACCACCCACCCACCCAUUCACCUAUUCACCCACCCACCUAUUCACCCAUUCACCCACUCACCCACCAACCCAUUCACCCACUCACCCACCCAUUCACC